AUGGCAGCGACGAAAGGGGAAGAGCUAAUUAGCAUGAAUAUGUUACUAGACGAGCAUGGAUACGACCAAGCGUGUAUCCGGGACAAUGAAGGUAAAACACCAUUCUUAGUGGCGAUUGAAGAUAACAAUUUGGCGGGUGCACAUAUAUUGUUGGAUCAUAUGCCCGAUGAAAAGAAGUGCAUGCAACAGUCAAUCUUAGAAGCUCUGACGAAGAACCGGGAAAUUUUCGACGAGGCUCUUCUCUGGGUGGCAGCAAAUUUUGAGAGGCACAAAAUUGCGAAGAAGCUUCUUAUCCAGAACACGGAUCUAGAGACGAAUACGUCCAGCGUUAUCGAGUUGGCUUCUCGACAAAAAUUCCCAGACGCACUCUGGUGA